UCAAACAAUGUCAAAAAGCCUCUGAAGUUCGGUUUUGAUGUGUUUUCAAAAUUAUUAGAUUUCAAUUUUCUAAUAACAGCGAUUUGUGCCUAAUGAAUUUAUACUUAAAACCUGUAACUAUUGAAUUUAACAUUCGUUUUGUUCAAAAUGAAUCCCUUAACCAAUAUGAAAAAUGUUAUAAAACUGAGCGAACAAGAACUGCAAACAAAUAAUAAAACUUCUUGGCAUGACCAGUACAAGAAUAGUGCAUGGGUUUUUGUAGGCGGACUGCCAUAUGACUUGUCUGAAGGAGAUAUUAUUUGUAUAUUUUCUCAGUACGGUGAGGUAGUAAACAUUAAUUUGAUACGCUCGAAAGACACAGGAAAAUCAAAAGGUUUUUGUUUUCUAUGUUACGAAGAUCAGAGAUCUACUGUCUUAGCAGUCGAUAAUUUUAACGGAAUUAAAGUGAUGAAUCGGACCAUUAGGGUGGAUCAUGUUUCUGAUUACAAGGUUCCUAAAGAACACAAAAAUACAGAGGAAGAAACUAAAAAAUUAUAUGUAGAAGGAUGUGCACCUCAAAUUAAUGUGCGGAGAAUACCAUCUCCCCCAACAGACUUUAGAGAAACUAUCGCCGAUCAAAUUGAAGCUGAUAUAAAGCUGCCUGCUAGGUUACCUAUUUACCCAAUACGAGAGAAAUCUGAAGAGAUGGUAGAUAUUAAGAAAGAAAAAUUAGAAGUCAAGGGAAAGGAGCAAAUUAAAAAGGAGAAAAAGAAAAGAAAGCAAAAGAAGGAAUACAGAUCUUCCAGUGAUGAUUCAAGUUCCGAGGAUAAAAAGAAAAAAAAAUCCAAAAAAAGAAAGUGAGCCAUUAAAAUUACUAUUCAUUAUAAUUUUUCAUAACAUAAAUAUUUGUUAAGUAGGUCAUAGAAUGUAAAUAGACGCUUUAUUAUGUAAAAUAUGAAAUUUUUCUAUGGAACUAAUUUAUUAAUAAUGUUCAG